CGCUACAGGGGUAACUAAUUUCAACAAUUAACAUGUAAGGUGCCAGGCAGAUAUACGAAGAUACUUUUAGCUUCUAGGCAGAUGCCUUGUCUUAAUAGAUUGAUAAGUCAAUUCCGAUAACAUUUUAACAAUUUUUUAACCUUCUUAAUGUCAUUCAUUUCCUCCUAACGCUAAGGAUAAGAUACCAAAAUGUCUUGAUAUCCUUUCACCUAAUUUCCAUCCCACUUCUCACUCGUUUCUCACUCAUUCAUUUAUACAACCUUUGCGAUAAUGGCGGAUAAGGAGGCUACAGUCUACAUCGUUGACCUCGCGUCAUCGAUGGGUGAUUGUCACAAUGGAAGAGUGGAAUCAGAUCUUGAUUGGGGUACGCGCUACGUAUGGGACAAGAUCUCCACGACCGUUGCCGCAUCACGAAAAACUUGGACCGUUGGAGUCGUCGGAGUAAGAACCGAUGAAACAAAUAAUCCCUUAUAUGAAGAGCAAGGGGAAAGCUACGAAAAUAUCUCCAUUUUACAAGAGCUUGGUCCCAUGAACUUAACCAGCUUGCACAGUCUACAGGGCCUUAUAAAGCCUAGCGAUACUGAAGCUGGCGACUCUGUCUCAGCUAUAGUAGUUGCUAUUGAAAUGAUUGAGAAGUUUACUAAGAAGCUCAAGUAUAAAAGGAAAAUCAUAUUGGUCACGAAUGGUGAAGGGUCUGUUGAUCCAGAUGAUACCGAUGACAUAGCCGCCAAGAUCAAAGGUUGUGGCAUCGAACUCGUGGUCUUGGGUGUGGACUUUGAUGACCGCGAAUUCGGCGUCAAGGAAGAGGACAAGACAGAUCGGAAGAGAGAGAAUGAAAAGGUCCUGCGAGAUCUUGUCGAUAAGUGUGAUGGGAUAUACGGUACGAUGGCAGAAGCCAUUGCUGAACUCGAUCAACCAAGGUUAAAGUCUGUUAGACCGUAUAAGACAUACGACGGAGAACUCACUCUUGGAAAUCCCGAAGAACAUAAAGAUGCUAUGAGUAUCAGUGUUGAACGAUAUUUCAAGACCCACAAAGCGACGAUACCGCCAGCUAGUCGAGUAGUCAUGUCAGCCGAUGUUGGCCCUUCUCAAGCUCCCGAAGGUGAUGAGAUGGAAGGUGUAGAACCCACCAGCACAUUUUCCGCUGUGAAAAAUGCGCGAACAUAUAAGGUCAAUGACCCUGAGGCCCCUGGAGGCAAACGAGAUGUGGAGUUUGAAUCGUUGGCCAAGGGUUAUGAAUAUGGAAGGACAGCCGUUCACAUCAGCGAAUCUGAAUACAACAUUACCAAAAUUGAGACCACGAAAUGCUUCACUAUCUUGGGCUUCAUACACCAAGAAAAGUACGAACCAUUUUUCAAUAUGGGAGAGACAUGCCAAACAAUUCCCCAGAAACUUAACGAUGCAGCAGCGUUAAAGCUCUCGUCAUUCAUCCACGCGCUCCUAGAACUUGAUUCCUACGCUGUCGCACGAAUUGUGACGAAGGAUGGAAAGGAACCCUCUUUAAUUCUCCUAGCGCCUCACAUCGAACCAGAUUUUGAAUGCUUGUAUGAUGUUCCGCUACCUUUCGCCGAAGACGUCAGAAAUUACCAAUUUCCCCCACUUGACAAGGUGAUUACGGUCACAGGCAACGUAAAACAUGAAGAUCAUCGCCUCCUACCCAGCGCCGAGCUCACAGACGCCAUGAAUGACUAUGUCGACGCUAUGGACAUAUCUACCUGUUUAAAAGAUGAAGAGGGGAACCGCACUCAGGAAUAUGCCGCCGUGGAAGAUUCAUUCUGUCCUCCACUUCAUCGUAUCAACCAAGUUGUUCGGCAUCGCGCGAUUUAUCCAGAUCAACCCCUCCCUCCUGUUCCACCCAUCCUAUUUAAAUACUCAAACCCGCCCGAGGACCUAAUUGUCAAAGCUAAAUCAAAGCUAGAAGACCUAAUAGCGGAAGCUAACGUCAAGAAAGUCCCACCGAAAGCCAAAGGCAGAAGAGAGAAAGGACACAAGCCCGAGCCGAUUUCAGGACUCGAUGUUGAUGCCCUCCUCAGUCAACCCGAGAACAAACGCACGAAGAUCAGCCCCGAGAAUGCUAUCCCCGAGUUCAAGCAGAUGGUGCAAUACGCCGAUGAAGAAUCCCAGAUUGAGAAUGCUGCGAAGCAGAUGGGCAACAUCAUCCGUUCACUUAUCACGAACAGCCUUGGUGAUAGUGGAUACGAUAGAGCCGUUGAAAAUCUCGGCGUGUUUAGAGAUACAAUGGUUAGGUGGGAGAUGCCAGCCUUAUAUAAUUCGUUCUUGAACGACUUGAAGAAGCGCUUGCUGUCGGGUGAGCUAGGUGGUGAUAGGAGAGAAUUGUGGUGGCAGAUGAAAGGGGCUAGAGCUACGCUAGGUCUUAUUGAUAAGAGCAUAUCAGAACCGUCCAACGUGACUCCUGAAGAAGCCGCUGAGUUCUUCAAGAAGUAAUACCUAUAAUGAUGAGCCAAGUUGAUAGCUUGAUUACCUGGUCCUAUGAACUACAUCGAUAACCUAAAGAGGAACCACGCACGAUGAAUGCUUCCAUGUAGAUACGAGAUACGAGUAAAUUGAAGAUAAUCGUGAGGGAAUCACUUCAAUGACUUCUCUAGCUAAACGACACCAUAGAUGCUAAAUCUAGACGCCUCGCAGCCUAAUACUCCGGGCUCAUUUCAGAGCUAAGUCUUUUCGUCAACC